CUUAAGUAUAUACACCAUCGCGGCGGUGCUGGCUCUCGUGGCUCUCCACACAAGCUGCAUCACGCAGACGGUCGCAGUCAGUCCUCAAGACCCACAUUACUGCACUUUCGAGGCCUGCGAUUCGUUAGCGUUCGCGCGACGGCACCCGCGCAUGCGACUGCACUACCUUGCACCAGCCCUCGCAGCGGCGGCGUGCGCGCUGACACCGGCGAGGCUGCGCAGCAAUUUCAGACCGAGGCUGCGCAGCACAAUCAGCAUGUCUACAAAGGAGCCGGGCGUCGUGCUAGGCCUCAACGCUGCCUUCCAGCGCCGCGUCGCGUUCGAGAAACCGCUCGUCAUCGGUGCCGUCAAUCGUGCUGCUGAGAGCGGUGGAGGCGUCGGCGGCAAGGGCCAGGGCGCAUACCUUGCCGCGGCCGCCGCACGACCGGGCAGCGUGGCACUCGCGCAGUUCUACGGCGGCGACGCCGGCGACGCACUUGCAGAAGCGCUGCGAAAACGCGCGUCGGGCGCUGACGAGGCGCUCUGGAUCCGCACGGCCUCGCAGACGAGGAUCUGCACGACGCUUGUUGCCGACGGCAACGCGACGGAGAUCGUGGAGCCGUCCGGAGCGGUCACGGCGACCGAGCUGGACGCGCUGCGCGCGGCGCUCGCGUCGCGGACCGCGCCGGGCCUGCUGGCGGCGGGCUCGCUGCCGCCUGGCGUACCGGCCGAUUUCUACAGCACUUGUGCGGCGGCGACCCUCGCGCAAGGCGGCAAGUUUCUGAUCGACGCCGUCGCGGGACUCGAAGACGCCGUCGCCGCCGCCGCGAGCGUCGGCGCGCGCAUGGUGCUGAAGGUGAACGCCCGCGAGUUACUGUUGGCGGCGGGCGACCCGCUGGCGGCGGGCGCGGCCGAUAGCGUCGACGAUCCGGCCCGAACCGCACAUGCGGCGCGAGCGCUGGCCGCCAAGCUCUCGAGCGACGCGCUCGCCGCCAUCUUGUGGACGGACGGACCGCACCCGGGCGGGGCGCUGGUCGGCGACGCGGUCUACGCGCUCGCCGGCCCUAGCUUGUCCGAGUUCGGGCCCGUCCUGUCGCCGAUUGGAGCAGGCGACACGGUCGCCGGCACCACGUUCGCAAAAUGGCUCGAGAACGACGAUCCGGUGGGCGCCUUCGCCUACGGCCUCGCGUGCGGCGCCGCAUCGUGCCUGACGGCGGAGAACGCAGUCUUCGACGCCGACGUCGCGGCGGCGAUCCACGCCAAGACGGUCGUGACGAAGACGAGCUAGCAAUCUAAA